AUGAGCGACGCAUCACUUAUUGGCCUCCUCAAUCCGCCAGGGACAAACUCAUGUUGGGUGAACUCUGUCAUCCAAAUCCUGUACGGUAUUCCCGAGGUCGCGGAGGCUGUGCGAGCUCAUGACUGUGCUACCACAGCCUGCACCCCAGAGUGCGUCAUGGCAUGCCUGCAGCUGACCUUCAACCGCCUCGACACCGAGCCGACAGCCUUUGAAGCGGCCGCGCUGCGUCACGCUCUCGGCAACAAGCUGGCCUUCGCAGAAGGUGCUCAACAUGACGCCACCGAGGUGCUGCUUUCCCCUCGUCCACCUCACUGCAACGUCCCCCACUGCAACGCCCCCCACUGCAGCGCCCGCACACCUCCCGCCAUCACCGCUCAGCCGUGGCCUCAGGUGAUGGUUGUCGCCUGCGAGCGCUGGUACUCACCGGACUCGACGCAUGCCGCCACUGGAACUGCCCAGGCGAUUCACUGUCCGAGGACCCUGGAGGCAUCGAGCCAAAGCGAGCGGUACGAGCUCGCAUUUUGUCUCGUCCACGAGGGUCACGCACGCGAUGGUGGCCACUGGUGGGUUGUGGACCAGACGACCACCGACCCCCUGAUCCUCAAUGAGGACAAUGUCGAGCUGCUCACCGAGUCCAGCUACGAUAGCUACGACGUAGCAACUCAAUGGGUGUCGGCCGUAUAUGUCUUGCGGGCGAACAUGUUGGAGGAGGAAGGAGUACUGGCGAGUUUGGACGAGGCCGCCGUCACCAACGAGCUCGAGUACGACUGGGACGCGACCAGUGGAGGCGACAGCGGCAUCAACUCGAGCCACGACGGGCUCGGUCCAGCCGGUCCGGCGGCGCUCCCACUCCCUGGCAUCGGCUCGUUGCCGGUUCCAUGA